AUGGGAGAGGUGCCUCCGUACGCUGGCCCCAAGACUCCGGACGGCAGGGAAGUCAUUUUCUACAAGAUCAUCGACUACAUCCUCCACGGGAAAGAGGACAUUAAAGUCAUACCCUCUCCUCCGGCCGAUCACUGGGCUCUGAUCAGCGGAUUACCCACCUACGUGGCUGAGAACGGGCUGAUCUGUAACAUCAUGAACGCAGCGGAGGAUGAGACCUUUGCUUUUCAGAAAGAGCCUCUGGACGACUCCGGAUGGACCAUUAAAAACGUGCUGUCGAUGCCCAUUGUCAACAAGAAGGAAGAGAUUGUGGGCGUGGCUACGUUUUACAACAGGAAGGACGGAAAGCCCUUCGACGACAUGGAUGAGACGCUGAUGGAGUCCCUGACUCAGUUCCUGGGAUGGUCGGUUCUGAACACAGACACCUACGACCGCAUGAACAAACUGGAAAACCGGAAGGACAUUUUCCAGGACAUGGUCAUGUACCACGUCAAGUGCCGCAAGGACGAGAUCCAGAACAUCUUGAACACCAAGGAGCGGUUUGGGAAACAGCCAUGUGACUGCGAAGAGGAGGAGCUGCAGGAGAUUCUGACCGAGGUGAUUCCCAGCGCAAAGAAAAUGGAGAUCUUGGAGUUCCACUUCUGUGAUUUUGCGCACAGUGAGCUGGACCUGGUCAAAUGUGGAAUCAGGAUGUACUACGAGCUCAAAGUGGUCGACAAGUUCCACAUCCCCCGAGAGGUCCUGGUGCGUUUUGUGUAUUCGGUGAGUAAAGGAUAUCGCUGCAUCACGUACCAUAACUGGAGACACGGCUUCAACGUGGGACAGACCAUGUUCACUCUGCUCAUGACCGGUGAUUUGAAGCGGUACUACACAGACCUGGAGUGCAUGGCUAUGGUCACGGCUGGUUUGCUUCACGACAUCGACCACAGAGGAACCAACAACCUCUACCAGAUGAAAUCGGCAAACCCUCUGGCCAAGCUGCACGGAUCCUCCAUCUUGGAAAGACACCACCUGGAUUUUGGGAAGACGCUUCUGAGAGACGAGUCUUUGAACAUCUAUCAAAACCUGAACCGACGCCAACACGACACCGUCCUCCACCUCACGGACAUCGCCAUCAUCGCCACGGACCUGGCUCUGUACUUUAAAAAGAGGACCAUGUUCCAGAAGAUCGUGGAUCAGUCAAAAACCUACGAGAACUGGAACGACUGGACCAAGUACAUGCAGCUGGAGACGACACGCAAAGAGAUCGUCAUGGCCAUGAUGAUGACUGCCUGCGACUUGUCUGCCAUCGCUAAACCCUGGGAGGUCCAGAGCAAGACAACAGACUCAGACAACAGACUCAGACAACAGACUCAGACAAUAGACUCAGACUCAGACAACAGACUCAGACAACAGACUCAGACAACAGACUCAGACAACAGACUCAGACAACAGACUCAGACAACAGACUCAGACAAUAGACUCAGACUCAGACAACAGACUCAGACAACAGACUCAGACAACAGACUCAGACAACAGACUCAGACAACAGACUCAGACAACAGACUCUCAGAAAACAGACUCAGGCAACAGACUCAGACAAUAGACUCAGACUCAGAAAACAGACUCAGAAAACAGACUCAGAAAACACACUCAGACUCAGACAACAGACUCAGAAAACAGACUCAGACAACAGACUCAGAAAACAGACUCAGACAACAGACUCAGAAAACAGACUCAGACAACAGACUCAGAAAACAGACUCAGACAACAGACUCAGACAACAGACUCAGACAACAGACUCAGACAACAGACUCAGACAACAGACAACAGACUCAGAAAACAGACUCAGAAAACAGACUCAGACUCAGACAACAGACUCAGACAACAGACUCAGACAACAGACUCAGACUCAGAAAACAGACUCAGACUCAGGCAACAGACUCAGACAACAGACUCAGACAACAGACUCAAACAGACUCAGACAACAGACUCAGACAACAGACUCUACUCAAACAGACUCAGGCAACAGACUCAGGCAACAGACUCAGACAACAGACUCAGACAACAGACUCAGACAACAGACUCAGGCAACAGACUCAGACUCAGAAAACAGACUCAGACAACAGACUCAGACAACAGACUCAGACAACAGACUCAGGCAACAGACUCAGACAACAGACUCAGACAACAGACUCAGACAACAGACUCAGGCAACAGACUCAGGCAACAGACUCAGGCAACAGACUCAGGCAACAGACUCAGACAACAGACUCAGACAACAGACUCAGGCAACAGACUCAGACUCAGAAAACAGACUCAGACAACAGACUCAGACAACAGACUCAGGCAACAGACUCAGACUCAGACAACAGACUCAGACAACAGACUCAGACAACAGACUCAGACAACAGACUCAGACAACAGACUCAGGCAACAGACUCAGACAACAGACUCAGGCAACAGACUCAGACUCAGACAACAGACUCAGACAACAGACUCAGACAACAGACUCAGACAACAGACUCAGACAACAUACUCAGACAACAGACUCAGGCAACAGACUCAGACAACAGACUCAGACAACAGACUCAGACUCAGACAACAGACUCAGACAACAGACUCAGACAACAGACUCAGACAACAGACUCAGAAAACAGACUCAGACUCAGGCAACAGACUCAGACAACAGACUCAGAAAACAGACUCAGACAACAGACUCAGACAACAGACUCAGACAACAGACUCAGGCAACAGACUCAGACAACAGACUCAGACAACAGACUCAGACAACAGACUCAGACAACAUACUCAGACAACAGACUCAGACAACAGACUCAGAAAACAGACUCAGAAAACAGACUCAGACUCAGACAACAGACUCAGACAACAGACUCAGACAACAGACUCAGACAACAGACUCAGAAAACAGACUCAGACUCAGGCAACAGACUCAGACAACAGACUCAGAAAACAGACUCAGACAACAGACUCAGACAACAGACUCAGACAACAGACUCAGGCAACAGACUCAGACAACAGACUCAGACAACAGACUCAGACAACAGACUCAGGCAACAGACUCAGACAACAGACUCAGACAACAGACUCAGACAACAGACUCAGAAAACAGACUCAGACAACAGACUCAGAAAACAGACUCAGACAACAGACUCAGACAACAGACUCAGACAACAGACUCAGAAAACAGACUCAGAAAACAGACUCAGACUCAGACAACAGACUCAGACAACAGACUCAGACAACAGACUCAGACUCAGAAAACAGACUCAGACUCAGGCAACAGACUCAGACAACAGACUCAGACAACAGACUCAGACAACAGACUCAAACAGACUCAGACAACAGACUCAGACAACAGACUCUACUCAACAGACUCAGACUCAGGCAACAGACUCAGACAACAGACUCAGACAACAGACUCAAACAGACUCAGGCAACAGACUCAGGCAACAGACUCAGACAACAGACUCAGACAACAGACUCAGACAACAGACUCAGGCAACAGACUCAGACAACAGACUCAGACAACAGACUCAGACAACAGACUCAGGCAACAGACUCAGGCAACAGACUCAGGCAACAGACUCAGACAACAGACUCAGACAACAGACUCAGGCAACAGACUCAGAAAACAGACUCAGACAACAGACUCAGACAACAGACUCAGGCAACAGACUCAGACUCAGACAACAGACUCAGACAACAGACUCAGACAACAGACUCAGACAACAUACUCAGACAACAGACUCAGGCAACAGACUCAGACAACAGACUCAGACAACAGACUCAGACUCAGACAACAGACUCAGACAACAGACUCAGACAACAGACUCAGAAAACAGACUCAGACAACAGACUCAGACAACAGACUCAGACAACAGACUCAGACAACAGACUCAGACAACAGACUCAGAAAACAGACUCAGAAAACAGACUCAGACUCAGACAACAGACUCAGACAACAGACUCAGACUCAGAAAACAGACUCAGACUCAGGCAACAGACUCAGACAACAGACUCAGACAACAGACUCAGACAACAGACUCAAACAGACUCAGACAACAGACUCAGGUAACAGACUCAGACAACAGACUCAGACAACAGACUCAGGCAACAGACUCAGACAACAGACUCAGACAACAGACUCAGGUAACAGACUCAGACAACAGACUCAGAAAACAGACUCAGACAACAGACUCAGAAAACAGACUCAGACUCAGACAACAGACUCAGAAAACAGACUCAGACUCAGACAACAGACUCAGGCAACAGACUCAGACAACAGACUCAGACAACAGACUCAGGCAACAGACUCAGAAAACAGACUCAGACUCAGGCAACAGACUCAGACAACAGACUCUGUGCGGCUGGUUUUAA